AUGGCGACUCCCAAAAAAACGCCGACGCGACGACAUACGGACCCCCCGGACGGGACGGUUGCGACAGAUGACACAUUCGAUAACCAGGGUAGCAUCGACGAACUCGAGCUGUUCACUGCUGCCAUUGCUAGGUGGGAUUGUAGCAGGGAAAAAUUGAAACACUACAUGAUGGUCCUUUUCUCGGGCAUCGCAGGGAUUUAUGCCGAAAUUGAGUCAAACACUAGGAAGGAAAGAGGGCUCUAG